AUGGCCUCAUUUGAAGAGAAGCUAGACAAGGACAGGGACAAGUGGAUCGUGUGGUUCGAUAGGGCGUCUAACGUUCUAGGCCCUGGCGUUGGGGCAGCAUUGGUCUCUCCAGACAAAACAUGCAUACCUUUCACGGCCAGACUUGUUUUCGAUUGCACCAAUAACAUGGCUGAAUACGAAGCAUGCACCUUGGGCGUCCAGGCAGCAAUUGACUUCAACGUCAAGCUGCUCAAGGUGUACGGAGACUCGGCACUACUGACACCGCACGGAGACCUACCAUACAUUGAGUUGAGGUGUCGUGGUAGACCUGCACAUUGCUGUUUGGUGGAAGAGGAGCGAGAUGGUAAUCCUUGGUAUUUCGACAUCAAGCAAUACGUUGAAAGCAUAGAGUACCCACCAGAGGCUUCCGACAAUGACAAGAGGACGUUAAGGAGAUUGGCAGCCGGUUUCUUCUUAAGCGAAAGCAUACUAUACAAGGGAAACCAUGACAUGGUUUUGCUCCAAUGCAUGAACGCUAAGGAAGUUGAGCACAUGCUGGGAGAGGUCCAUGAAGGCUCUUUCGGUACGCACGCUAAUGGGCACGCCUUGGCUAGGAAGAUCUUAAGGGCGAGCUAUUAUUGGCUCACCAUGGAGAGCAAUUGUUGCCUCCAUGGAAUAGAUGUGAUUGGGGCCGUAGAGCCCAAAGCUGCAAACGAACAUCGUUUCAUAUUGGUGGCGAUCGAUUACUUCACCAAGUGGGUCAAAGCUGCCUCAUACGCUACCAUCACGAAGAGUGUGGUGGUCAGGUUCAUCAAAAAGGAGAUUAUCUGCCAGUAUGGUUUGUCGAGGAAGAUUAUCACAUACAAAGGCACCAACUUGAAUUACAAAAUGAUGGGGGAAAUGUGCGAGGAAUUUAAGAUCCAUCACCACAAUUCCAUACCCUAUAGGCCCAAGAUGAACAGAGCGGUGGAGGUGGCCAACAAGAAUAUCAAGAAGAUUAUCCAAAAGAUUAUUGUGUCGUACAGGGACUGGCACGAGAUGCUCUCUUUCGCGCUACAUGGUUACUGA